GUUUCUGCAUACGCUUCUCUAUUUUUACAUAAGUUUCUCAAUCCGCUAUCUCCAUCAAAGAUAUCACGCCACAACCCCUCACUAUCGACGAUAACAUGCCGAACGUACCAAAAUUACAUACUAUUCUGUAUUUUAGCAUUGCUUUUAUACAAAUAA